CUCCGUUUGUUCGGGGCCUUUUGUUGUGGCGGCUGACAGUUGGCUAAGCACGGCCGGGCUGAAUCGGGCCAUUGUUGGCGACACCCCCACCCCCCCCCCCUCCAGCUCCCACGCUGCACAUCCCUCGUCCCCAUCCCUCCUUCCCUCCCUCCCUCCCUCCUUCGUCCCCUCCAUCCCUUCUUACAGCCCCCCUCCGUCUAUCUCUCUCCACCCCUUCUUCCAGUCCCCCCUCCAUCCCUUGCAGCCCCCUCCUUUUUCUUUUUUUUCCCUGUUUUUGUAAUUUUCUUUUUUUUUUUUUUUUGCCCGAGAAGCCACAAAACGUGCCUUUCCUCCACGCGAAUCUGGGAGCCGCAAGCCGGACCGAUUGCAAAUGAAGUGUAAUGCAUUGUGGGACGUGUGUAAAAUUGGAUCAUUCGAGGGGAAAAAAAAAAAAAGGAAGGCAGGGACCUGCGGCUGGCGUCCCUAGAAGAGGCAGCGGGGAGAUGCUGGCAGGUCGUGCCCGCCGGUACCCGCGCUAGGCUGAUGCCCGGUGGCCAGCAUCCGUCGAGCCGCAAGGCCUGACCCCAUGCUGCGGCGGGAGGAUUAGGCUUGGGGCAUCCUCAGGAUGAAGAAGACGCGGAGUACGACCUUGCGGCGGGCUUGGCCUAGCUCUGACUUCUCUGACCGGGCCUCAGACCGCAUGAGGUCCCGCAGCGAGAAGGACUACCGGCUGCACAAACACUUCCCACCGGCUUUUAUUUCCCAGGCGUCACGGGGCUACAUGACAUCAGGUGAUGUAUCACCCAUCAGCAUGUCUCCCAUCAGUCAGUCACAGUUUAUUCCACUGGGGGAAAUCCUUUGCCUGGCCAUCUCAGCAAUGAACUCUGCACGAAAACAAGUCACACAAGAAGCACUAAUGGAGCACCUAACAACCUGCUUCCCAGGAGUUCCAACACCCAGUCCAGAAAUCCUUCGACAUACCUUGAAUAUGCUUGUACGGGAGAGGAAAAUAUACCCAACUCCGGAUGGUUAUUUCAUUGUAACCCCGCAGACUUACUUUAUAACACCAUCUCUCAUAAGAACUAACAGUAAGUGGUACCAUUUGGAUGAGAGGAUACCUGACAGGUCUCAAUGUACCUCUCCACAACAAGGAACUAUAACUCCCUCCACCUCGGGAUGCGUCAGGGACCGAACACUACCCAAAAACCACUGCGACUCCUGCCAUUGUUGCAGAGAAGACAUGCACAGCAUGCAUGCGUCUACUCUACAGAGGAAAUCAGCAAAAGACUGUAAAGACUCGUACUGUCCUCCUUCAUUAUGUCAGGUCCCACCUACUGAGAAAAGUAAAAGUACUGUCAAUUUUUCUUAUAAAGCAGAGACACUCACAAAGCCUAAGGAUGUAGAAAAGCAGUCUAAGAAAUUUGGACUCAAAUUAUUCCGAUUAAGUUUUAAGAAGGACAAGACAAAACAGUUGGCAAAUUUCUCUGCCCAGUUUCCUCCGGAGGAGUGGCCGCUAAGGGAUGAGGACACUCCUACCACUAUACCUAGAGAGGUAGAAAUGGAGAUUAUCAGGCGCAUUAACCCAGACUUGACUGUGGAAAACGUCAUGAGGCACACUGCACUAAUGAAGAAACUUGAAGAAGAAAAAGCUCAACGAAGCAAAGCAGGAUCUUCAGCUCACCACAGUGGACGAAGUAAAAAGAGCAGGAAUCACAGAAAGUCUCAUGGGAAAUCGAGGUCACACAGCAAGACUCGGGUGUCCAAAGGAGACCCAUCAGAUGGCUCUCAUUUGGAUAUACCUGCUGAAAGGGAGUAUGAGUUCUAUGAUCCCUUGACUCGAUCCCCACGGGAAGGCUGUUUUAUAAUAGAACACAAGGGAGAUAAUUUUAUAAUGCACAGCAACCCUAACAUGAUUGAAUCUCACUUUCCCAUGACACCAGAGUGGGACGUGUCUGGUGAGCUGGCCAAGAGAAGAACUGAAAUGCCUUUCCCUGAACCUUCCAGGGGAAGCUCCCACUCCAAGGUCCAUCGGAGCCAUAGCCAUACACAGGAUAGAAGAUCAAGGAAUGAGCGGUCCAGUAAGGCUAAAGAAAGGUCUAGAUCCAUGGAUAACUCCAAGGGACCUCUGGGCUCAGCUACUUUAAGCACACCUGAGGACAUAGGUGAAGGCUGUAGCCCAGAUGACCAAACAACUAGCCAAACUUACAUUGAUGAUAGUACCUUAAGGCCAUCUCAGUCGCUCAGUCAUCAAAGGGCUCUGAUUUCAUCAGCAAGCUACAAAGAGACUUGCAUCCCUGAAAUAGCUAGUGGCAGUGUAGAAACCCCCAGUUCUUGUACCCUGAUAGAACAAAGCAAGCCUACAGAGAAUUUGCCAUCGUACAGCGAGCUCAACUCCUGCACAACAAAAUCUGCAGUUGAUGACUAUUUUCAGUGCAACACAUCCAGUGAGACUGUGCUCACUGCUCCAUCACCACUGGGAAAGAAUAAAGAGGAUCAUGACACGCUGACAGGGACAGAUGGGCUCAAAAAAAUGACUCCCGUAGAAAGGCAGUCUCAACACAUUGCUAGGGAGCCUGGCGUGCACAAAGAAGAGUCCCCAAAGGGCCCAAGCAGUGGUUCAGCGGUUGCUGGCCAAGCUCCAGAGGUGAUCGCAAACGGGCGGCUGGUUCAACACCAUAGCGCUGAAUCAAGCAGCCUUGAUAAAAGGAAAGAAAUAUUUAGCAAGGAUACGCUCUUUAAACCUCUGCACAACACUCUUUCUGUGAAUAGUUACCAUAAGUCUAGCACACCCCUGCUAAAGCCCCAUCAAAAGACCCCCUCUGACACGUUGCCAGUCAGAUGUGAGAAACUUGAACAAGCGAUAGUAACCUCAGUCACACAAGUCAUGCCCGUUUCACAGAGACAGCAAGAGACAACGGGGAACCAGGAGGCCUCCUUCGACUACUACAACGUAUCUGAUGACGACGACUCAGAGGAAGGAACCAACAAAAAUGCCGAGGAAGAAAAAAACAGGGAUGAUGUCGGCACGAUGCAGUGGCUCCUAGAGAGAGAAAAGGAGAGGGAUCUGCAGCGAAAGUUUGAGAAGAAUCUUACUCUUCUCACCCCAAAGGAAACAGAAAAUAGCAACCAGAGAGCCACCCACUCAGCCCGCCUGGACAGCAUGGACAGCAGCAGCAUUACUGUGGACAGCGGGUUCAACUCUCCACGUACUCGUGAGAGCCUGGCAUCCAACACUUCAAGUAUUGUUGAAAGCAACAGACGUCAGAACCCGGCUCUGAGCCCUGCGCAUGGUGGCGCAGGCCCAACCUUCAACUUCCGAGCCACCGCAGACCCGCCGACAAGUGAAGCUGAGAAACUGCAGAAACCUGCUAACUGCCUGCAAGCUUCUGUCACUAGUGUCUGAUCGUCAUCCCUCCUCAGAUCUUCUGUCUCAUCCUAUACAGCAAAGUUUACGACACUGGGACUGAUGUUUACAUCUUUGGGGAAAAAUGAAAAAAAAAAAAAAAAGAAG